UGCCCCGUUCCUUUGGAGGGAGGGGCGGCGGGCGCGGCGCCUCCCCGCACAGUGACACACGGACCCGGCGCUGGGAAGAGGAGAAGGAGGAGGAGGAGGAGGUGGCGGCUGCGGAGGGAGUGCUCGGGAGUCGUAGCGGCGGCGGCGGCGGCCGGGAGCGGAGCCCAACCCAGCCCAGCCUCCAGCAUGGCCGGGUCCACUGAGGCGACCACACCGCCACCCGCUCCUCCUGGCCGCCACUUUCUCUCCAAUCCCCCAUCGAACCGGCGUUGUCAAUGUUGCCGCCGCCGCCGCCCCCCGGCUUUGCCUGCCUUGCCCGGCUUGCUCUCGCUGGGCUUGUUUCUUUCCCUUCUCUGCUGUGGUGCCUUAGCUGGACCAGUAGUUGAUCCACAUGUGAAAGCAGUCUGGGGGAAGAAUGUUACACUGAAGUGCAUAAUUGAUAUAAAUGAAACAUUAACACAAAUUACAUGGGAGAAGAUACAUGGAAAGAGCGUGCAAACUAUUGCUGUUCAUCAUCCUGAAUAUGGAUUUUCGGUUCAAGGAGAAUAUCAAGGAAGGGUAUCAUUGAAAAACACAUCACAUACUGAUGCAUCAAUCAUCCUAGCAAAUGUUACCUUCUCUGAUUCUGGUGAAUAUGUAUGCAAAGCAGUUACAUUCCCUCUAGGAAACUCACAGUCAUCAACAACUGUAUCUGUUUUAGUUGAACCAAUCGUGAGUCUAAGAAAAGGACCAAAUGAUUUAAUAGAUGGCGCCAAUCAGACGGUUGCAGCCAUUUGCACAGCAGCUACUGGAAAACCAGCUGCCGAGGUCAUUUGGGAAGGUGACCUUGGUGAGAUGGAAACCACUUCCACUGCAUAUUCAAAUGAAACUGUUACAGUGGAAAGUCGAUAUAAACUUGUCCCCACAAGGUUUGCUAGAGGAAGACGUAUAACCUGUGUUGUGAAACAUCCAGCUUUGGAAAAGGAGAUAAGGAUGCUUCAUGUGCUGGAUAUUCAGUAUUCCCCUGAAGUUACAGUUACUGGGUAUGAUGGAAACUGGUAUAUUGGAAGAGAAAAUGUGUUGCUCAGGUGUAAUGCUGAUGCAAAUCCACUGCCAAUGGAGUUUACAUGGAGUCGAUUGGAUGGCGGUUGGCCUGAAGGUUUGCAGCCUUUAAACAAUACUCUGCAUUUCAACAGUCCAUUGACCUACAAUUAUACUGGAACCUAUGUUUGUAAAGUGGCCAAUUCACUUGGCCAAAGAAGUGAUCAGAAGACAAUCUACAUCUUAGAUGUCCCAUUUAAGCAGUCAUCGUCAGUAGCUGUAGCUGGGGCUGUAAUUGGAGCAGUACUUGCUCUCUUUAUUAUUACCAUCUUUGUAACAGUGCUGCUUACUCCCAAAAAGAAAAGAUCCUCUUACCUGGACAAAAUGAUUGAUCUUCCACCAACACACAAGCCACCGUCUUCAUAUGAAGAUAAUUUGCUCUCUCUUUCUCAGAAACAAGAAAUUCUUCCAAAAGAACAUUUCUCUGUUCAAAAUCAGUACAGAGAAAACCAAUACAGAGGAAAGGAUGGUGGAAAUUGGCAGCAAAAAAAAAUGGUAAACUGCAGGCAGUUGAGUUAUGAAGAUGAAAAUUGCUUGACUCAAGACGGUUGCAGGCAAAUAUACCCAGCUUUCAAACAAACAAAUUUCAAGGACUGGAGCAACACGAAUAAUCCAAAUCCAGGCAGUGGAAGAGUAUACAUCAAUCCCAGGGAACUUUAUGUGUGAUUUGACUUCUCACUUAUGAAUUGAUGAAAGUAACUUGACUUUGUCUAAUCACUGUUUUAUACCACAUGGAUUUCAGAUUAAUGCACGUUCUAAGUUCAUUGAGUGCUUUGUUUUUUUCCUCUGUGAAAGAAGAGCAAAAGGAAAUAGGAAUAGUGACAAAAAAUUAAAUGUUUGUAGAGCAGUGGUUCUUGAUAUUCAGUUGUUAUUUUAAUUUACAAGUGCAUCAGUCACAGUACCCUAUGUAUUUUAAGACAUACCCAUUUAUUCAUCUGUAGCUUAAGUAUACAGUUAUUAAUGAAGUUAGACUGCUUUUCUAGCUGACCCUCUGAAUUCUUUCUUUUUGAAAAAUGUGCUUAAUGAUCAUGCUACUGACAAUUUCCUCCUUUCUCACAUAUCAUUCACUGUAAUACAUUUCUCUUACUCCCUGGUUACUGCUUGCAGAGGUACAGAUAGUCACAGUGUGAUAUUAUUACAUCAUGUGUUCUGCAAUGUUACUGAAAGGAAUGUCUUGAGAAGAAGAGCACAUGUUCUUCUGCAUUAAGUAGCAGCCACACCUAUUUAUAAUAAGCUAAAUCCAGUAUUAGUUUCACCUAGGGAAGAGCUGUUAAAAUCAAUGAGACUUGUGUUAGUUGUAAAUGACAGGUUCUGUUUUUUAACCUAUUGCACAUCAGACUAAGAUUUCACAUUCAGAAAACAAAGGAAUUUUCAGUAGCUGGCUUGUACUGUAUGUUGCACAGCUUUUAUGAUUUGUCUUCAUAUGAAUAGCAUUUCACUUGAACCAAAUUUUCUUAGUUAUUUGCUUAAUUUGCCAUUCCAUGAAUAACAAUUGGAAUAUUGGUAGAGGAAGGACUGGGUACAAGUCCUACAGAAAGAUGAAUAAAAGUUAAUAUAGUAGCAAGAGUGAUGUAUCACAAUUAUUUUAAACUGUUUUUGUUUCCUAUUUAAUUGAAUUAGGGUGGGGAACAGUGUUUCGUUUUCUUCUGUAUUUGUCAUACAAAAUAUUUUUGCUAAUUCCUUUGAUCCAUUUAAAUGUAAUCGAUGAUCAUAUAGCUGUAAAGACCUCCACAUUCAUCCUUCACAUAUCACUUGCAAGAUGUAUCAGCCAUUUUAUGUGUUUGCUUCUUGGUGGUGCUCAAAGUUAGCUUCACCUGGUAGGUCUUUCUUUUUUGUAGACUUGCAAACGUAAACACAGAUGAUCACAUUUCUGCUGCCAACAACAGAAGAAUAAGAUAAACAGAAAGAGUUCCACAACUCUACAUUCAGUUAAUCUUCUUUCUGAUUUUGUGGCACUAUGUCAUAUGUUUUGUGAAGUUCAUAGAAAUGUAAAUAAAUAUUUGAACAGACUUCUGAGUAUAUUUCUCAAGAUAAGUAGAGUAAUAAUUGUAUAGUAACUCUGAAAUGCAAAUUAGGUACUAAUGCACAGCAUUUAUGUAAAUAAGGUGGAUAAAUCAAUUAUUCCCCUACAAAGCAGGCAGGCAUUUCAGUGAUACGUGUAUGGGAGCGUAGCAUGUCUUAGUUGUACAAUUGCCUGCAUAAUUCUGCAAUAUAAAAAUAUCCUUUUGGGGAAAAAGGAGAUGGAACUAGGGAUCUAAUAAAAUGCAAAAGAGAGUUUAAACUCUUAAUAAAGAUGUAUCUCAUAUUUUAAAAACACAGUAGUUAAAGGCUGACAUUCUGUUGGCACAUCAGUUCCCCUGGAAAAUAAUGCUGGCUCUGAUUCCAAAAAACAAACCAGGAAUAGUUUUUAAUUUUUUUGUAAAAUAUUUUGGUGUGUGCCAACUUCUGUAUAUUUUGAGAACAUGUUAAGGUAGCAGUUUUCAUUCAGCUGUUUUUGGUAUGCAUGGGCAGAAGCCAUUAAUUCAAUUUAUUUCUGUAUUAUGUUCAAAAUCAAUGGCAUUCUAAAACAGUGAGAAGGGGUUGGGCACCAGUUUUUAGGAGCCUUUGCACCCCCAAUGAACAUUUAGAAUUUGGUUUAAGUUCCUUUAGAGUUUGGGCUGGAAGAGUUUCAGGACCCUUCCUAAUUACUUUUCCUCUCUGAUAAGCAUAAUAGAACAUGGUGCAAGAUUAUUACUUUUCUAAAAGUUAAAUUUGUCUUCCAUCAUUACCCAUGUAUUACACAAUACAUGUUGCAAGGCAUACAAAAUAUUUAAUGCCAGUUCCAUUUGAAGUAAGCUUUAUUAAAUAUAUUCAUUAAAUGUAUACCUCUUUCAAAGGUUGGACUUUAGUUGCCUAUUUUUCAUUAUGUUGUGCAUUUUCAUCAUGCAGCA